CCAAUUCCUACUUCAAGAUCUGCAUUGAACACAUUUGGCGAUAUAUUCUUCUGCUCUCAACCACUUAGGCUGCAUUUGAAAAUUUCUUAGAGCAUCUUGUGUUUAGUACUGCAAGUCAGAAAUGGACAGGGUGACAAGGUUGGCAUCAGAAAGGCCUGUGGUGAUCUUCAGCAAGAGCUCCUGCUGCAUGUGUCACACCAUCAAGACCCUCUUCAGUGACUUUGGGGUGAACCCAAUGGUUCAUGAGCUUGAUGAGAUGGCUCGAGGGAAGGAAAUUGAGCAAGCCCUUGUGAACCUUGGGUGCAGCCCAUCGGUGCCAGCUGUGUUCAUAAGUGGCGAGCUCGUGGGAGGAGCCAAUGAAGUCAUGAGCCUUCACCUUAACCGCUCCUUGAUCCCAAUGCUCAAAAGAGCAGGAGCUCUUUGGGUAUGAGACAGUACUACUGAGUACCGCCCUUAUCGUAUCAGGCAAUAAAAGUCCUGUUUUGGUCACAAUAACUAUAUAUGAGAUUAUAAUGUAGGCAUCGGAUAUAGAGUGAUAUAUAUCCAUAUUAGUGCAUAGCUUAUGUUGCUAAAGUUUUGCAAUAAGCUGAAGGCUAACGUGAUCGACUGAGGUGUAGUUUAGCCUUUUUUUUUGGGUAUUUUAAUGUAGCUUUGCGGCCUUAUGUAGUUUUUAACAGUGUGCUUUUGGUAUCAUGUCAGUUGUGGUUUAUCAGCAUUUAUCUUC